UCAUGUGACACAGAGGGGCGGGCAGGGGGUCCAAACAGAGAAAAGGAGUUAGGCACAAGAAUGUACCCAGAGAUGGAAACAAGAGUGGGAGUGAGCACAGCCAAGUUACAGAAGCUGGACUUAAAUUAAGGUGAAAGCCGCUGCACAAUAAACAGUGUUGAGAUGAGCGCGACAAUGAAUGUGACAGGAGUCUACGAUGGAAUAGCUAACAACUACACUGAGGGAAAUGUCUCUAGCAAUGGAAGCAUGGGCAUCCUGAACAUCCCCGCCUCCCUAAACAAAGCCAUCGACUUCUUCACCAUUGUCAUCCUCUUCAUCACCAUGAUAUCCCUCGGCUGCACGAUGGAGAUUUCCAAAAUAAAGACCCAUCUCCUCAAGCCAAAAGGAGUCGCCAUCGCACUGCUGGCCCAGUUCGGCAUCAUGCCCUUGACUGCUUUCUCUCUCGCCAAAGUGCUACAGAUGGAUCCCAUCAAGGCGGUGACGGUGCUCAUCUGUGGCUGCUGUCCAGGAGGAAGCUUAUCAAACAUUUUCUCCCUGGCCAUGAAGGGUGACAUGAACCUCAGCAUCGUGAUGACCACUUGCUCCUGUAUCGCGGCGCUGGGUCUGAUGCCUUUGCUGCUCUAUAUCUACAGCCAAGGCUUCCCAGGUCUGGAAAACGCCGUGCCGUACGUCGGCAUCAUCUCUGCUCUCGCGUUCACCCUGCUGCCUUGUGCAAUCGGCAUCGGCAUCAAUCACUACAAACCAAACUACUCAUCGGUCGUCAAAAAAGCUGGUCUCAGCAUCCUGAUUGUCUCCGGCAUCAUAUUGUUCAGCCUGUCUGGUAUCGCCAUCAAAGACGUGAUAUGGAUGGCUCUCACGCUUGACGUUCUGGUCGUGGCUGCACUGAUGCCACUGAUUGGCUUCACGCUGGGAUACGUCAUGUCUGUCAUAUGCAGACUCAGUCCACGAUGCAGCAGGACAGUCUCCAUGGAAACAGGGUGUCAAAACAUCCAGCUAUGCGUUGCCAUCCUAAAAGUGGCCUUUUCCCCUCAGGUCAUCGGACCCAUGUUCCUCUUCCCUCUGAUAUACUACACAUUCCAGUGUACCGAGGCCCUUCUGCUGACCCUCUGCUUCAGAUGUUACCAAGCGUUCAAGCCACCAGCUGAGGACGGUGUUGACGUUAAACGAAAUGAGGUGAAGGCGCAGCCAUUAAUGCGUCGCAGAUGACAACGCAGUGCUGGAGAGGUGAACGAAGAAGAGCUGAAUCCUACCUGCUGAGGAUGCGGCGAUUCGGUGCCCUCACAGUCUCCACAUCAUCUGCAUAUUCUUCACUCAGGCCUGUGAUACUGACAGAAAGACUGUUAAAGCUUAUGCAACCACUAAUACUUUAACUAUUGUUUACCUAAUCAGUUCUAUACAAUGUUAACUCCGGGUAAUGUGCCUGUUGAAGUAGGAAGUCAAUGAUUAAAAGAAAUUACAUUUUGUAUUUAAAAUAUUUGGUGUAAGACUGAAAUCUGCUAAUUUUAUGACUGACACCUUGAGAAUGAAUGAAUGAGUUUAUAAAAUCUUGCUCUUUUGGGACGUUAUUUAAUGCUUAAAUACUAGAUCAAUCUCAGGUGUUUGAAGAUGUGAAAAGCGGUCUAUGGGUGCAACUAAGGAUUAUUUUCAUUGUUGAUUAACAUGUUGAUUAUUUUCUUGAUUAAUCGAUUAGCUGUUUGGUCUAUGAAAUGUCAGAAAAUGGUGUAAAAUGUCGAUC